AUGGCCCCGGAGAGCUCCUCCAGGAGGCACCGGCGGAUGCGCUGCUGUGUCCUACUCGGUGUCAGCGCCCUGGUCCUGGGGACCGUCGCUUUAAUGGUCGGAGUCCUGUGGUGGCGCCAGUCAUCCAAGCCCUUGGAGCCGUUGCAGUGGCGGGGGCCGGGCACCACGGCCCACAUUUCUGAGAUCGUCCUGGGCCGGUGCUUCAGCUACAUGCAGGAGGUCCAGUCCGAGCUCCGAGACCAGGACUGCCAGAAGAUAUGGAAUGUGUUCAAAAAUGCAUUUCUUACCAAGAACCCUUGCAACAUUACAGAAGAAGACUACCAACCACUAGUGAAGUUGGCCAAUCAAACUUUACCUUGCAACAAGACCCUCUUGUGGAGCAGAACGAAUGCCCUGGCCCAUCAGUACACAAAGGUCCAGCAAGAAAUAUUCACCCUGGAGGACACCCUGCUGGGCUCCAUGGCUGACGGCCUGGUUUGGUGUGGAGACGCAGGCACUACUGAAAUGAACUAUCAAUCUUGCCCGAACUGGAAGACAGACUGCAGAAGCAACCCUGUUUCUGUAUUCUGGAAUACAGUUUCCAAGAAGUUUGCAGAAGCUGCCUGUGGUGUGGUCCAUGUGAUGCUCAACGGGUCCAUCAGUAAAGCCUUUGACCAAAACAGCGUUUUUGGAAGUGUGGAAAUCCUUAAUUUACAUCCAGCAAGAGUUCAUUCACUGCAGGCCUGGGUGAUGCAUGACAUCGGAGGAGUUUCCAGAGACUCAUGCUCGGGUUCUUCCAUAAGUGACCUGAGAUCCAUUCUGAGCAAAAAGAAUAUUAUGUUUACCUGCCAGGAUGACUACAGUGUGAGGACUCCUAUGUGA